CUCCUCGGACGCACUGGGCAGGCGCGGAGUGCGCGCAUGCUCGGCCGACAGACCGCUGGGGUCUCGAGUCUCUGCAAUCUGUUGCGCCGCCGCCCGCGGAAGCGGGUAGAUCCGGGUCUCGUGGUUUAUAGUGACGUGGUCAGUCUCACCAAAACAGAAGAGGGGAGGAAGCCAGAGGCCAAGAGCAGCACCCGCAGCGUCCGGAAACUCCAGGCGGUCUUUCUGCCGAGCCUGGGUCCUGGCCCACAUCCUCCCCGCCCCGUCGGUUACUGUCUGGGCGGGUCAGAGCACUGAUGUGAGUCUCAGCUUUCUAAAAAUACAGAAUGAAGCUGGCUUUUGCUUGACUGCACUCAUUAAUUGACAAGUGUUACAGGUGCAGCGCUUUCAAGAUUUAACAGCUAAGAAAGGUACUUCAAAUGAAGUUAGGAAUUCAGAAAGGAGAAGUGAGAGAAGACACGGGUUUGAAUCCCACUUCUGCUGCAUGACUUUGGAUUUAAACAGUGAAGUUAAAUCAAGCUGGGUAAUCAUGGCAGAAGGUGGAUUCGAUCCCUGUGAAUGUGUUUGCUCUCAUGAGCAUGCGAUGAGGAGGCUGAUCAAUCUGUUGAGGCAGUCCCAGUCCUACUGCACAGACACAGAAUGUCUUCAGGAAUUACCGGGACCCUCUGGUGAUAAUGGCAUCAGUAUUACCAUGAUCUUGAUGGCCUGGAUGGUUGUCGCAGUCAUCUUGUUUCUACUGAGGCCUCCUAAUCUGAGAGGAUCCAAUCUAACUGGAAAGCCAACCAGUCCUCAUAAUGGACAAGAUCCACCAGCCCCUCCUGUGGACUAAUUUUGUGAUAUGGGAAGUGAAAAUAGUUAACACCUUGCACGACCAAAUGAACGAAGAUGACCAGAGUACUCUUAACCCCAUUAGAACUGUUCUUCCUUUUGCAUCUGCAAUAUAGGAUGGUACUGUUUCCAUGAGCUUCUAGAAUUUUGACUUGCAAGCUUAUUUUUUUUGCUUCCUUUGUUAUUACCAUUCCUAUUCACAGUAUAUUUGAGUUAACGAUUGUAUUUUAAAAAGUUACAUGGGUUAUUUUGGUUAUCCUAAACUCAAACAUUCCACUUAUUUUAUUUGUGACGGUGAGCACAAUUUUGGUGAUGAUUUCUGGCCUGAUUGAAGGAAUUUGUGAUCUCUGCAUUUAAAUAUUUGAGAUAGUUUUGAUAGGCUCUGAAGUUGAUUUUUCCAUAAGGUAUUUAUAAAGUUAUUUAGGGUUGUCUGAGAUUGUAUGAAAGAAAAUUAGAACCAGACUAUUUCUACUUACCUUGGUAGUUUAUUUGUGGGUGGCAGUUCUUGGGACUGUGGCAGCCUUUGGAAUAUUUUACAAGUUACACCCGAAUCUGUAUCAUCCACUACAAGUGGCUUAUGUGACUAGAAAAGGAGAAGUGAAAUAAUUGUUUACUAAGGUUUUUAUUCCCAUAAAAUGUCUAAUAUUAAGAAAACUUUAAAUAAAAAUGAUUUAAACAUGGUGGAUGAGUUAUAAUCCAUUAUAUGAUAUUUGAAGCCACUGUAUACUAGAUAGCUUCACAAGAUUCACGAAAGGAGGAAAAUAGUUCAUUCUUCUUGCCUUUGCCGGAUAUAAUCUAUACAGUAAUAAUUUAAUCAGUAAUUUAUUUUAAAAAUGGGUGCCUCUCAGAAAGCUUCCUUUCUGUCUGAGUACUUCCCUGUUAAAUGAAACUCCUAAGGCUAGCUGUAUUGGGGGUCUGUUUGCUUACUGACAUUUGAAUGCUAUUUACUUAUUCACUGUAUUUUUUUCUUUGAAGAAAAGUAUUGGAGUAUUUACUUCAAAGUAAAUACUUUGUAUUGGAGUGUUGUUAUUCUUCUGACUUAAAAAAUAUUUAAUGAAUUCUUGGUUUACCCCAAAAGGAGGGAAAUGAGAAACAAUCAAGGAUCUUUUUCUUACCCUAUAUAUUUCAUUCCUGUUUGGUAACAGGGUGGAUUGGGGUGUGGAGGAGCAUUGAUGUAGGUGAAAUUUUGAACUGUAUAGAAAGUAAAAUGUUGCAUUGUUUUGGUCAGUUUGAAAGAAAAUGAAUACAAAUGCCAUUUUAAAAAGUCUGCAUAACCUGUGUGGUAUAGAUUUUUUCCUAGCAAGCAAUUGCAGAUGAUUUAUGAGGGCUAGAAGAUAUUUUUCUAUCAUAUAAGGAUUUUCCCCCCUAGACCUGUCUAGGUUUUCACUGUAUUGAUCUGAGAAAUUACCUGUAUGAAUUGAAUAAACUUCUCUAUAUCAUUAUACUGUUUAAUAGAGUCUCUGAUACAGCUGUGUGAUGCUCUUAGGAUAUUUCCCCCCUUUAUCAUCUUUAUAUUCUGGGUCAUAAACCUUGUAAGAGUUUCAUUUCAUUAUAUAAUCCCAUAUUGACUGCUUGCCCUCCUCCUGUGCAUCUUGGCUUUGUGCUCAGCUUCUUGAAAAAAAUACAACCUAUUCUUAAUUACUCGUGCUAAUCAGGGUAUUAUAACACAGGUAAGUCAAAUCCCAGAUAAAUAAAUACCAUAAGGUUUUUCCUCUUGCUGUGGCCUAAUGGAAACCUGCCCAGCUCUAUAGCUUUUAAGGUACUUACAGCAGAAAGGGCAGGAAUGGCAUGUAUAAACAUUCCUAUUUCUGCCCUUGCCCCCUGAACUUUGAAUGCUUGCACAUGUAUCCUGAAGUCUGUCCUCUAAACUGCUAGAAGGGCAAUCUCUGGUGGAGAUCGUGAUAUAUUCACUGAAUCAACGGCUCACAAAUUAAUUGAGAUCUGGCUUUGGUAGAAGACGUGGCUGUGACAGGGAAACAGUGUCUAGUGUUAGAAAGAGACCUGGAAAUCUGGAUUUUUAUUCCUGGUUCCUCAUUUCUGUCACAUACAUUUAAUUGACAUUACAUCUAGAAGAUUAACCUUUUCCUGUAUGGAUCAUCUAUUUAACUAGUAACAAAAGUUUUUAGUGGAGUAUUUAAUAUUGUUUUUUGUUUGUUUGCUUGUAAAGUUUCUCUGCAGCCCUGAAAAGGAUAAUGUACAACUGCAUAUAAAAUAUUCCUGUUAACCUUACUGGUAAUUUAUAUUCCUCUUAAUUUCUUAAGCUUCUACAUGUGGCCUUUUUAUUGAGCGCAUUCUUAUUCAUUACUUGGCUUGUAAACAUUCACCUGAACUAUGGCUACAAUCAUUUUUAAGUAAUGUGGGGAAAAAAAGGAAGAUAAAUCUUCACACUUUAAUCACCAUGGGCUCUUAAACAUUCCACAAAUGCCAUUAAGAAUUUAUUUUGUUUUACAGUCAUUUAAUGUUCUUUUAUGCAAAAUAGUGGGUUUCUUUGCCUUUCAUAUGGAAAAAGUUAACAUUGGAACUGUGUAUAGUAAAAGAUUUUAUUAUAUAUCUAUCCAAGCACUAUCCCGUGAUCAGCAAGUCAUAUUUUGAACAACUUGGAGAUUUUCUGAAGUAACUAUUAAGUCCAGCUAUUCCGUAGUUACUUCUAGUGUCUUUGCGGUAUGUGAUGUGAUAGUGUUUAUGGAAUUACCAAAUUCUUACAUUUUCAAAGGAACCUUGGAAAUAUAUCACUCUGAAUGAAAGUCUGUCACUCUAAAUGAAUAUGUGCUAAAAUUUGACCAGCUUGGUUUAAGAUAAUAAAACAACUUGAAGGAGAAAUGGGAGGUUACAGUUAAUGGGUGAAAUUUUUGUUGUUCAAAUAGUAGGUUUAAUUUUAGCAUCAUAAUAUUUCUAAAUGAAAAAAAAACAUGUAUUUGUUACCAUGUCUGAUUACUUUGUUAAAAGGAAACGUGGUCACAUGCUAUACUAAAUGUUAAUUGCUGUUUUCAAAUGUUUAAUCAUGCCAAACAAAUCAUGUCUGUGCCAUCCAGGGUUUAUUGUCAUCUUUUAUUGAGUACUUGGAUUGGGAUAAAGGGCUUGUACUAUGCACUUUUUAUUAAUGAAUAAAUAGAAAAUGUUAGUAACA